GCAAGGCAACACAAAAGAUUUAAAAUCCAAAUGUUUACCAAACACCAAACCAAAGGGAGAGAAAUAGAAUUAAGAAUACCUUGAUUACUACGACAAUCCAACAAACAAUCCUUUUGAUCACCCCGCAAUUCCGUAACCCUUUUCCCUAAAAUAUAAAAUUAUCUCCAUAUAAAUAAAUAAAUAAAUAAAAAUCAGAACACUAUAUAAAUAUCCACAAAACCCUUUUUUCUCUCUUGUUUUUUCUUCUUGAUUGCUUUUAAGAUUGCGACGUGCUAUUAAGAGUUCUUGGUGAAAGAGGUUUUUCAAUCCAAAAAUCUUCCCUUUUCUUGUUCCGGAUAUCAAUUCUAGCUUAUUGAGUGAAGAGAUGGCUAAAAGUUCAUUCAAAUUCGAGCACCCUUUUGAGAAGAGGCAAGCCGAAGCUUCUCGUAUCAGGGAGAAAUAUCCUGAUAGAAUUCCUGUGAUUGUGGAGAAGGCUGAGAGGACUGAUAUCCCUGACAUUGAUAAGAAAAAGUACCUCGUUCCAGCUGAUUUGACUGUCGGACAGUUUGUGUAUGUGGUGAGGAAGAGAGUGAAUCUAAGUCCUGAGAAAGCCAUAUUCGUAUUUGUCAAAAACAUUUUACCUCCCACUGCUGCUUUGAUGUCAACAAUUUAUGAGGACAAUAAGGAUGAAGAUGGGUUUCUUUACAUGACUUACAGCGGGGAGAAUGUGUUUGGAUUGAGGUGCAUUGGCGACAGCUCUGACUGAUGUGCUCGUAAAUAAUCAAACUUGACAUAAACUAGAAAUGUAAAUCCUCGGUUGCUUAUCAUACUGCUGUUUUCUUAGAAGCACAAUUUGUGUUCCUGACUGUCAGGCUUGACUGUUGAUAUUAUUAACUACGUAUUUUAGAGAUUCUUUAGAUUGAACAGCUUGCUGGUUUAUAUGUUGUUUUAGUUUGAUGCUUUGUCGCUACUUCACGGUCA